GAAAGAGUAUAAUCCAUUUGGUUAGGGGGUAUAUUUCAUUAGUAUAUACGGACAGGCCACGUCGUGUCUUAAAGCCUUUUCCCUCUAUAAAAUCAAUCAUCUAUCUGCUUCAACUCUCAACAUACGUACACUUCACCAGAGAGGCAGUGAAAGAUACAAGAACCGGCAAAGCAAAACAUGGCGACCCUUAAGGUUUCAUCUCAUGUUCCUUCUCCAUCUGAAGAUGCUGAGCAACUGAAAAGCGCCUUUGACGGAUGGGGUACCAACGAGGACUUGAUCAUUUCAAUUUUGGCUCACAGAAGCGCUGAACCGAGGAAGCUGAUCAGGCAAACAUACCAUGAAGCCUGUGGAGAAGACCUUCUCAAGACGCUUGACAAGGAACUCACUAGCGACUUCGAGAGAGCCAUCUUGCUCUGGACUCUUGAACCUGGUGAGCGUGAUGCCUUGUUGGCCAAUGAAGCUACCAAAAGAUGGACAUCAAGCAACCAAGUGCUUAUGGAAGUAGCCUGCACAAGGACCUCAACGCAGCUGCUUCACGCUAGGCAAGCUUACCAUGCUCGUUACAAGAAGUCUAUUGAAGAGGAUGUGGCUCACCACACCACCGGUGACUUCAGAAAGCUUUUGGUCUCUCUUGUUAGCUCAUACAGGUAUGAAGGAGACGAGGUGAACAUGACAUUGGCAAAGCAAGAAGCUAAGCUGAUCCAUGAGAAAAUCAAGGACAAGCACUACAGCGAUGAGGAUGUCAUCAGGAUUUUGUCCACAAGGAGCAAAGCUCAGAUCAAUGCUACUUUCAAUCGCUACCAAGAUGAGCACGGCGAGGAAAUCCUCAAGAGUCUCGAGGAAGGAGACGAGGACGACAAAUUCCUCGGACUGUUGAGGUCAACCAUUCAGUGCUUGACAAGACCAGAGCUCUACUUUGUGGAUGUUCUUCGUUCUGCUAUCAACAAAACCGGAACAGACGAAGGAGCUCUCACUAGAAUUGUGACUACAAGAGCUGAGAUUGACUUGAAGGUCAUCGGAGAAGAGUAUCAGAGGAGGAACAGCAUUCCAUUGGAGAAAGCCAUUACCAAAGACACUCGCGGAGAUUACGAGAAGAUGCUUGUCGCACUUCUCGGUGAAGAUGAUGCUUAAAUCAGAUCAAUCCUCCACAGAGAAACAAAAGCUUUCCAGCUUCUGUUUUCUCUCAUCUCUCUCUCUUUCUUUUCUUGAAAUCGUUUGAUUCUGUUCUUUGAAAACUUGUUUGUUGUUUCUGUUGUGUGUUUUGAGUUUCCAAAUAAUGCAUGAGAGAGAAAGAGAUGAACCACUGUGGUCUCUUAAGUUAUAUAAAAGAGUAAUGGCUUCAAAAUU